AUGUCAAACACGGGAAAACAAGAUAACAAGAAUGGUAGAAGAGAAAAGUGCCUAUUUUAUCACAAAGUGGGUGCUUGCAGACACGGUAAAUAUUGUUCAAAAACACAUACUAUUCCAGAACAUCCUAAAACAAUAGUUCUUCGAAAUUUUUACAAUAAAUCAGCACAAUUAUAUGAACCCUUCGAUAGCUUUUACCAAGAUGUUUUCAUACAGGCAUGCAAAUAUGGAGAGGUUAUAAAUAUGGUUGUUUGCGAAAAUGAAUGCGAUCAUCUAAAUGGGAACGUUUAUAUAAAAUAUGCCAAUGAAGAAUCGUGUUAUAAAGCCUUCGAAGAGUUUAAUAAAAGGUGGUACGAUGGUAAGCCUAUCUUUGGUGAACUAUCACAUGUCAUUGAUUUUAAAGAUUCUGUGUGUUUACCCUAUGAUAACAAAAGUUGUAAUAGAAUCCACGAUUGUAAUUUUAUGCAUAUUAAAAGACCUUCCUAUAAUUUGAAAAGAAAAUUACUCCUAGCAUCUCAUAAACAAUAUUUGCAAAAAACAUGA